CACCUUUACAGCUGCUUCGAUAUGUGGCAAUGGAGAGCAAAAACAGUCUGGUCUUGUGCACAAGUUGAUAUCCCCGAAGUCCCCAUUCCGUAGAUGCCCCCCUUUCCCCCAACUCCCCUCCGAAGAUACCAGCGUCCAAAUCACAAAGUACCGAACUUAGCUCGAUACAUUGGUCACCAUCCAGGUCGAUCUUCGGUCAGGACACUCCGCUUUCAUUAAACUUGUGCCUAUCACAAAAUUCGUACUCUUGGUAGUUCAGCAUCUGUGAUGUCUAGAGAGGCCCGGUCGGCUGUACCUGCCUAUGUCUUCUGCAACAGUGAUGCUGCUGCGAGCCUUCCCAACGUCUCUCGUAUACCUGGACAUUUUUACCCUAUCAUCAGUCCUAAUGCCAGUACGGCGUGGAAUGUUGGUGAAACCGCUACAUUCGUCUGGAACGCCUCGACCAUCUCCCAGGACACCUUUGAUCCUAGCUGGGUUGAUCUAUAUCAUAGCCCUGAAGGAUUCGCUGUAUCCGUUGCACGGCUAGCAGACGAUUUUGAUCUACGCACGGGAAGCGUUCAGUUUGUGGUACCCAAUGCGGAGCCAGGUGACUACUUCGUCAUGUUCAAUGCCUGGGCUAACAGCAGCCCUCAUUUCCGGAUUGCAGCUGCCAACUGAGAAUUUUAUACGGUUUUUCAUGCACCUUCUUCUGGCUACGUCAGUCGGUCUGACAAGCUUUGCCUCAAAUGGACCGCAUGUGUAUGAAUGAAAGUUUAUCCAAUGUCAUCACAAUCAAGAUAGAACAUUGCCUUGGCAAGAACAGCUGGAUGGGAACAUAACGUCUACCACCAAAAGCCUGUUGUGUCAAAGAAGGUGGGUGAAGAUAUUUACAUUUCACUUCAAUGUGCGUUACAAAUCUACCACUCAAACGUUUCAUCUUCCAAAUCGUCCUCCCUCAGGAGGUCGAACUGCGUGACGUCAGCCUUCAAUAAUAUCUCCUUCAAGGUCAUACUAUUACCCUCAUACACCUCUUCCUCGUCCUCGGCUACCAACGCCUCAUCAUGACUAUCCAGGCUAAGGCGAGGCAAUGGCACGGUCAUCGCUCGCUCAUGGCUUUCCAUGUCAAAUGAGGGCCUUGGAACGGACAUCUUCGUAUUAGAUAGAGGCGUUAGAGGCGUCCCCUUGGUAAUCUUUGGUCGAGGGGUCCCACAAAGAUCUGUC